AUGACCCUAACAAAGCAGAGUCCAAAAGUACGAGACCCCAACAAGUUUCCCACAGCUCAGCUGUUUCUGCUUGCGAUUGUCCGUCUCGCAGAACCCAUCGCUCUAACAUCCAUCUUCCCCUAUGCCUGGCCCCUCGUCAAGAGGUUCCGGGUCGGCAACGAAGAUGACGCCUCUUUCUAUGCCGGCCUUCUCAUCUCAACAUUCGCCCUGGCCGAGUCCUUGACGGGCAUGUUCUGGGGGGCUCUCUCCGACCGCGUGGGACGAAAACCCGUGCUGCUCCUCGGAUGCACUGGCACAAUGCUGAGUAUGGUCAUGGUGGGCUUCGCAGCAAAUAUUUGGGUGGCGCUGGCGGGGAGAGCUCUCGGAGGAGUCAUCAACGGGAACAUUGGCAUCAUCCAGACCAUGGUGGGGGAGUUGGUCACCAAGCCCGAGCACGAACCUCGGGCCUAUAGCAUCAUGCCUUUCGUGUGGUCAAUCGGCACCAUCCUUGGCCCUGCCAUUGGAGGUUACUUCGCUGAUCCUGUCGUCUCGUUCCCUGACACCUUUGCUAGUGAUGGGCUCUUUGGGAAGUUCCCGUACCUGCUACCAAAUUUGAUCUGCUCUGCGCUUCUCUUGAUCAGCAUCGCUGCAGGCUACUUCCUGUUGGAAGAGACGCAUCCGGACAUGCAACCGCGGGUGCUGCUCCCUGCCACGACAUACCACUCCGACGAGACUCCACUCAUGGCCACCGCAGACGCCAUCAAGACUCCUGCUGUUGACCUCCGCGCGGAGACAUAUGGCACAUUUGAAGGCAGCGACGACAGUACUUGGCGACACUCCCAGCCAAAGACGAAACCCGUCAAAAUUUUCACACCGCGCAUCAUUGCUCUGAUUGUCGCCCUCGCAAUCUUCAGCUACCAUAGCAUGUCUUAUGACCAUCUCCUCCCAAUUUUCUUAGAGGACGAGCCCGGCACUCCCAUCCCCACCCUGUCCCUAAUCGCAAGGUCUGUGACUGGAACCCCGCCCCUCCGUGCCACAGGUGGCCUCGGUCUCAGCAUCCAACAAGUCGGAAUAAUAAUGAGCAUAAACGGGGCCAUCGCCCUCUUCGUCCAAGCAGUCAUCUUCCCUUGUGCGGCCGAAAUGUUUGGGAUCUAUAAGCUCUUCAUAAUUGUCUCCGUCUUGCACCCGGUUGCUUAUUUCAUUAUGCCCUUGCUUGCCUUCCUGCCACCAUCUUCGCUGUACUUGGGCCUUUAUACAUGUCUUGCGGUCCGCAACCUGCUCUCCAUCCUAGCCUACCCGGUACUUUUAAUCCUCAUCAAGGAAGCUACACCCAGCCCUUGUGUUCUCGGAAAGAUCAACGGCCUAGCGGCUUCUGCUGGCGCGGGGGCUAGAACCGUCGCUCCUCCGGUGGCAGGCUAUCUAUAUUCACUUGGUUCGCGGUUCGAAUUCUCCGGUCUUGCUUGGUAUGCUUCAAGUUUUGUGGCUGCGAUCGGCGCAGUGCAGUGUUUCAGCGUGAAGAGAGAGAGAAGUCAGUAUGACAUUGAUGAAGGAGUGGACAUGAAGAAGAAUCCUAUUAUUGUUGUUACAGAAAUCGGCGAUGAAUAUUGA